ACACAUGCCAUCAUCAAUUCAAUUCAAUUCAAGGCAGGCACCUACUUUGGAAUAUUUCUUCUCUCCGCUAAAUCCUCUCUCUGCGGCUGCAAACCCCCCUCGAUUUUUCUUCCCUCUUUUUUGUCCCAUCCUGCUCCAGCUGGUAUUGUUUCUGUUUUGCCAUGAAGAGAACACCCAUUUGAGUAAGCCUGAUAAAGACCUCUACCCAUUGACGGAUUCAUGUCCUAUCUCCUCUGCAAGAUACAUACUGCCAUGCAAGUCCAACCUUCCAGCUUGACCCCUCUAGCAAGUGGCAAUGUCUUCAGUUUUCUAUCCAAAUUGAGCGACUUUGCAUUUGAUUCUAGGUUUCACAACUCGAAUUCAGAUGGGUACUCUUUGCUUUUGUCUAAUUACUUGUACUUUGACGGGCUUGGGGGUUGGGUUGGCGAGAAGAAGAAGAAGAAGAAGGGGAAGGCCAACGUUGUGGCUUCGCUGAGUUUGAGCGCGCGAAGUGCUUCCAGGAUUCAUAAACUGUUCAAUGACUUCAAUAGGUUUGUUAAGUUUAGUUGUAUCAAAAUCCCAAUUGGAUUCGCCUCGGUUCGGCUUGGUGAUAGUGAUAAUAAUGGAUUUGGAGAAAUUGUGAAUGGAGUUUUGGAAGACGAAGGAAUGAAUGGAAAUGGGGUUGAACCAAUUAAGCCCAAGAAGGUUCUUAUUUUGAUGAGUGACACUGGCGGUGGUCACCGGGCUUCUGCAGAAGCCAUUAAGGCAGCAUUCAAUGAAGAAUUUGGUGAUGAAUAUGAGGUUUUUGUUACUGAUUUGUGGACAGAUCAUACUCCUUGGCCAUUUAAUCAAUUGCCAAGGAGUUACAGCUUCCUGGUGAAACAUGGGCCAUUGUGGAAGAUGACUUAUUACGCAUCUGCUCCGCGUGUGGUGCACCAAUCCAAUUUUGCUGCAACUUCGAUGUUUAUAGCUCGUAAGGUUGCUAAAGGUUUGAUGAAGUACCAACCAGAUAUUAUUAUCAGUGUGCAUCCCCUGAUGCAACAUGUUCCACUUCGUAUCUUGAGGACAAGAGGUCUUUUGAAGAAGAUUGUGUUCACCACAGUAGUUACAGAUUUAAGCACUUGCCAUCCAACAUGGUUUCAUAAGCUUGUGACAAGAUGUUAUUGCCCGACAGAAGACGUAGAAAAAAGGGCCCUGAGAGCUGGGCUUCAUUCUUCUCAAAUCAAGGUUUUUGGCCUACCUGUGCGACCUUCAUUUGUUAAACCUGUUCCCCCAAAGCAUGAAUUGAGGAGAGAGCUGGGCAUGGAUGAAGAUCUUCCAGCUGUGCUAUUGAUGGGUGGUGGGGAAGGGAUGGGUCCCAUUGAGGCUACUGCACGGGCACUUGGAAACUCUCUAUAUGAUGGUAUUAUGGGGGAGCCAAUAGGCCAGGUCCUUGUAGUAUGUGGCCGCAACAAAAAGCUUGCCAACAGAUUACUUUCCAUUGAUUGGAAAAUUCCUGUCCAGGUGAAAGGCUUUGUCACUAAGAUGGAGCAGUGCAUGGGAGCUUGUGAUUGCAUUAUUACGAAGGCUGGUCCUGGGACCAUCGCAGAAGCUAUGAUCCGAGGACUCCCCAUUAUUCUUAAUGAUUAUAUUGCUGGGCAGGAAGCUGGGAAUGUACCAUAUGUGGUGGAAAACGGAUUUGGUAAAUUCUCAAAGUUGCCGAAAGAGAUAGCCAAGAUUGUCGCCCAGUGGUUUGGCCCGAAAGCUGAUGAACUCAAGGCUAUGUCAGAAAAUGCAUUGAGGCUGGCAAGGCCAGAUGCUGUAUUUAAGAUUGUCCAUGAUCUCCAUGAGUUGGUCAGACAGAAAAGCGUUGCACCCCAAUAUUGUUCAACUUGAACAUAGUGGUUGAAUCAUUUUGUUCACAGCUUCAGCUUACUAUGAAAACAUACUGUUGUCCCAGUUGGGCAUUUCUUUUUUCUUUUUUGGGUCAUUUCAUUCAUUUCCAUGUGCAAGGAUAAGACCAGUUUUCAUUAUUUACCAGAAUUUAACCUUUUGUUC